UCAUGGCGGGACACAUGAAAAGAUUGGACGGCUCCCUCGUUGAAAGCGCAAAACUGAUGGUUUUACUCAUUCUGUCGUUUUUUAUCCCCGAAACCUUCUGCGGUGACAUGGGUUCCAAGCUUCAUGUAAUCAAUCUUCAGGAUGGCCAAGAAUCUUUCUGGAUAGGCUCUCGCCAUUUCUGCUACGCCAACUCUGUGACGCCUAGUUGGAGGCAAACUUGGACAAAAAUUCAGGUCAGAGUGUGGAGUACAAAACCGCUGAAGGUGGUCGUUGCUGAAGACGAGGACAGGCUGCAGGAAUUGGAAGGCUUCAGUUUUCUGAGCCUGCUACAGUACUUCAUACAUGAGCGCUCUAAUGAAACCACCGUCAGCAUCAGCCUGUUCCACAAGAAGACGUGCUUCAAGAUCGACCCUGCCGAUGAGACAACGAAAUAUACCGUAAAACCCAUCCGAAGGUUUGAUAUCAACCUCUUUGUGGUUUUCCUCGCUGGAGUGUUUUUGUUUGUCUUUGCAGACACACUCAGCAGGAGCCAGAUCUUCUACUACUCUGCUGGAAUGAGCACAGGCAUGAUCGCCUCCCUCAUCAUUGUUAUUUUCAUCGUGGCUCGCUUUUUGCCAAAGAAAAGUCCUUUCUACGUGCUGAUAGUUGGUGGCUGGUCGUUCUCUGUUUACGCAAUCCAGCUCGUCUUCAGAAACUUGAACGUGAUCCUGAAAGAACACUUGCACAUAGCGUUUGGUUACACAGCGGUGGUGGGAUUCAUCAGUUUUGCCGUGUGUUACCAUCACGGUCCCCUGGUGAAUAAGAAAAGCAUCAACAUCCUCUCAUGGACACUGCAGCUGUUUGGCCUGCUGCUGAUUUAUUUAGGAAUUCAGAUUCAGCAGGUGGCGUUUGCCAUCAUCCUGGCAGCUUUCUGCUCCAAGAACAUAGAGUACCCAGCUUCCUUAGCACUCAUGGCAUGGCGGCGAGUUCGACCAUCUCUAGGCUGGAAACCAGAGCCGCGUCGACUGCUUACCGAAGAGGAGUUUCAGAAGCAGGGGGAGGAAGAGACCCGGCGUGCCCUGGAGGACCUGCGGAAGUACUGUUCCAGCCCAGAGUGUAGCCCCUGGAAGGCGGUCUCCAGACUUCAGUAUCCAAAAAGGUUUGCUGGUUUUGUGGAGGGCUCACCUCACCUGAUGCCAAAUGAGGUGUCUGUCCAUGCACAGGAAUAUGAUUUUGGAGGAUCCUUCUUUGAGGAUGAGCUUUACGCCACCGAUGAAGAUGAGGAAGAUCUAAAGGCCCUCUCAGAUGGAGAUUGAGAACCUUCUCCACUCCAGAAGACUUGCUAUAAUGGACAGGAAAACCGUUGUCCUGCCAAAAGAUGGCUGGAGGGAGAAUGCUGAUUGGAUUUGCAGCUUUCCAUUUGCCCAAACUGACUUUGAAUGGUUAUUGUGGCAGUUAAAAAACCAAAACUAUUUGUCCCGUCAUCCAUUUUGGGAACAGCCGUGGUUCUGUAGCAUCCCAAAUAUCACUGUGAUAAUCACAAACAGCGGUUAAGACAGUCAGGUUUGUCAUUAUUAGCACUCCACAUGGCAGAAGUAGGCCCAGAAAUGUGAGGAAAAGCUAAAUUCAAACCUCCCGUCAGAUAUUGUUUGGUAUCAAGUAUUUAUGUCAGAAAGGGAUCAAGUGAUAUUUCUGGCUUGAGAGUAAGCUCUAUGGAAGACGGAUAGAGAAAGCAAUGUGAAUUGUUACUGUGAUGAUGAUGAUGAUGAUGAUGAGUGUGUUGCCUUCGUGGAGACAAACGUAACGGCUUUGUACUUCUGUUUUUAAUUCUUAGUCCAUUUUUAAUGAUGAUUAAUAUUUAGUUGUUUUUUCUAUAUCCGUGAGUGCCAUCCAAUUCCCAUACGCAUCAACAGAAAGUUAAUUUCUUUAUUAAUGAAAAAAAUAAA